AUGCUGCAGGAGUUCGCCACAUGCGGAUUCAAGAACUUCAGCAACUACUUCGAGAGUGCCGAUGGAAAAGAGAAGUCCUCACAGGCGGCGGCUGCGCUGUAUUGCCUAACAGGAUUCUGCAAUCGCAUCCAGACUCUGUCGCUUGCGGCCAGCAAUUUGGCAGGAGGUACCAUGCAAGAUGGCUAUCCGGACGGUGCCCCCAUCCUGAAGGAGCUCGUGGCGACUGCGAAGGACGUUGGACUGACGCCUGCGGACAGCACCAUUACCGAUCUUGUGGAUUGCGAGAAAGACGCCGAAUGGGAGACCCCGACAGUGGGGAGAGGCAAGGUCGAAUUCCGCAGCUCGGUUUCGAUGAUAUCAUGCAAGGCAGGCCAGGAGGAAGCCCCUUCAGUCAGUCACGUGCCCGUGAAAGCUGAUUUCAGCCGAAAGAAGGUCCGGAAGGCAACAGGCUACGCGAAAUUCAACUUCGAGAAAGAGAAGGAUGAAGACGAUCAGGACGAUGCGUCCACGUCCGCUAGCUCGCAAGCGAAGAGCAACAAAACGACACCGGAAAAUGAGAAGCGAGACCUCCAGAGCACCCCCAAGUCCUCGGCUGGUCACCCAGAAGGUGGAUCACGCUCGCCCUUUUUGUGCAGACUCUGCACUGGUGUCGAUGACGAGCCAGAAGUUCACGUCCUGAGGCGCGAAAGUUCCGUCUCCAUGGGCGUCGUUCAGGAGAUCAACGAUCCCGAAGGCGACACUCACUGGCACGACAGCGAGCGCCACUCAGGCCGCUUCAACCGUAUUAGAAAACGAGUGCCGACCGGGCAUGCUUCCUUGAUGAAGAGAAGCAGCGACGACCUUCUUGAACUUCUCGAGCAGGAUGACACUGAAGAAGGAAGAGCGGCGAGAGAGAUCCUCAUGCGCAACACUGCCCUGAACACAGCUGAGUGCCCGAUCUUUGCACUGUCGGACGGGGAAGAGGAGGCGGAAAUUGAGAUUUUGCGCUGUGUUGACGGAGCCAUGGACUUCGGGACGCAGAACUGCGUGGCAAGCGGCGAAACGCGUCUGAAUGUAGAAGAUUUCAAAGUUUUCCUUUCUAGUUGCGAAUACAGUGUGACGGAGAUCUAG